UACUUGGCAUAAAGAAGUUUUACAAAUUGAAACUGAAGUUGAAAUAUAUAAGACCACACAAUGUUCAUGCUAUGGAAUUCUCGUCGAUGAAUCAACUCAUAGAGAAUUUAAAUAUUUCGUAGUAUGUAUAAUGUUUUGGGAUCAUAAAAAAAACAUACCAUCAGUUACUGUGACCAAUCUUGAGGAUUUAAAUAAUUGCACUGGCCAAUCGGUAGCAGACA